GAAUUUGGUCUCUAGUGUCUAGACUUGUUCUCUCAGCCAGCACCUGACAAUACCCAUCUAUCUAUUUACAUCACGAUUUCUAAUUUCUCGAGGUUUCUUAUUCGUGGAAUUCGAAGAUUCACAAGUGGUCCAUUUAUAUUCCUAUUACGAGUAGAACAAUAUCAAAUCACACACCGUGGAUGUCACUCCAUCAUGAGUACUAAUAACCAAGCACAUCCUCAAGUCCAUGUAUUUAAUACUCUUCCCUUAAAUCAAUUUGAGAGAACGCGUGAUGCCGGCAAUGCUGCAAUUUCUAGACCUCAGGAAAUCGCACAUUUUUCUUAUGAUGACAAUCACGAGUUUCAUUUAGACGAUUCUUCGAUUCGCUGGUAUUAUCCGCCCGAUAUAGGGACGGAUCUGAAUCGCGGAUUUGAAACAUUCCGUAAACAUGACGAUUCAAAGGAUGAGCAUCUGGAAUCGUUAUUGAGGGCGUUGAUGGAGAAAGAGAAAACGACAAAUCUCAAGACUGAGGCGGAUAUUAUUACUUGGAGGGGGAUGAUGACCAAAAUUAUUGCGAGUUUGUUUGACUCUAGAGAUGGGUUCCAAAUGAAUGCCACGUGUUUUGAGGUGAGUUGAGUGAUGGGUAUGGGGUUUCAGAUUUUCGGGACUAAUCGAGAUGAAGGGGACAAUGUAUGCUUGAUGAUGAAUUACUGUGUGGGCAGCAAGCUAACUUGCAUAGCUUUGUCGAGGAAGACCACCAAUAUAAAGUCGUGACCAGAGCUAGACAAGAUGCACGACAGCGUCCUCAGCCAGGAAGACCUUCAGGAGAUGCGAUGAGUUUCUGGGGAUAUAAGUUCGAAACUUUAUGUCUCAUGCCUACUCCAUGGCCGGAAACGUCUCGAGAUUAUAUCGAAAAUCGAGAUACUGAGAUUGUGAACAACCAUGCCCAAUAUUGCUCCAUUGUAAAAACAAAAAUUGGAGGUAAUGCUCUGGUUAUUGGUGGAGAAGUUGACGGAAUAUACAAGGGAUCAAAGUCUGAGGAUGGAAAGUCUACGGAGUGGCUCGAGUUGAAAACAAGCGUGACUCCUAGACAUCGAGGGGAUGAGCAGAAUUUUGAGAAAAAGCUUCUAAAAUUCUGGCUCCAAUCGUUUUUGCUUGGAGUUCCUCACAUCAUAGUCGGAAAACGAAGUCCUGAUGGGAUUCUUCAAAGCGUCGAAAGAAUCAAUACGGCCCAAAUACCUGGAAUGGUAAAGAGAGGGGGAAAUAACUCAUGGGAUGGAGAUAUGUGUAUCAACUUCGCAAAUCAGAUUCUUCAAUUCCUGAAAGCAACUAUUAUCGGUGAUGGUGUGUGGAAGAUUCGAAGAAGAGAAAAAUCCAUGGCCAUCGAGGUAUUCAAGGUAGAAGAAAAGGGACAUGGCGGCAUACUAUCUGAUGAAUUUGUCGAAUGGCGAGGUAAACUUGGUCAACAAACGAGUCUCAAUUCUCAUGUCGAGAACAGCACAGUGCAGAUGAACGGUCUGAACGUCACUGCGGGAGAUGCACCUCAAACCGCCCUGGCUGAUACACCUCUGAGUUGAUGGGCUGGUGGGUUGAUGCAGCAGUGAAUAAUCACGCAGCAGCAAGCAAUAGCUCCGACGUCGGAUACGCCCAAAUGCAUCAAAAGCUCGGACACGGCACGCUCAACAGAAUGGAAGAAAACGAAGAUCAGAAGAGAAAGGUAAAGAUAAUCUUUUGCUUCGGGCCCUGAGACACGGCUUGCAUUGUUCUGACAUGUUCUGACACCAUCGUGCGCCGCCCUCGAUGUGCAAAAGUAGUUCUGUUGGGAUUGAUUGCAUGAUGUUCAUCCCCGGACUUCCCCUCACAAAACACAAACCUAGGGAAUCCGGUGAAGAAUGUAUAGAUAUAAUUAGAUUUUGAUUGGAUGGUUUAGUAUGA